UAAGACCUGAAAUUGGGGGAUUAUCGCGAAAAUUGUGAAGGGGGUAUUUUUAUUGGAACAUAGACCAACGCGUCGGCGGCACCGACGGCCGAAUGCCAGUCAUAUCUCCAAUUCAUCACUGUUUAUCUUUUACGCCCCUGGCCUCCAAUGAUCACUGUAUGGAAGGGCUCUAUCGUGUAAUAAGAGGCUUAUCAGUCGUUAUAGAGGGGCAUACCCGAGGAGGUAAUUCCGUUGAUAAUCGCCCAGGCUAACUCACCUAGUUGUUUAGGGAUCGGGUAUCUCCUUCAAUUCGGCUCGCCCCGACGAAAUUGCCUUUUCGGGAAAUACAUUCGGUGGCCUUCGCCGUAGCUGCCCCGACCGGAGUUAGCGAUUUGAUUGGCUAAAUCAUCGGGCGUUAGGCUCAGUGGAAAGUGCGACAGGCGCAGUUAGGCGGUUUGCAACAGCGACCAAUUAGUGAAUAACAGUGAAAGUGCUUCCCUAAUGCCAGCGGUUACCACGCAACAACAAGAUCAUUGAAAGUGAUUCAACAGAUCAAUCAAGAUGCAGAUACCAGAAAUUGACAAAGAUGAAUGUCUCGCAUUCCUGUCGAAACUCGUCCAGAUUAAGAGUUACUCCCAAACAGAUGGCGAAUUAGAGGCGACGGGAUAUAUGGCAAAGGAGAUGACGAAAAUCGGUCUCGAAUCUGAAUUAAUCCCAUUUGACGGUGGCAGGAGACAGAACGCACUGGGCAUCUGGAGAGGGAAGGGCACAUCCAAAGCGGCGGAAGCACCAAAAUCACUUUUAUUCAACGGCCACCUAGACACGAACCCCGUGUCCGAGGGAUGGACAAUAGACCCCUGGGAGGGGAAGAUCGACGAGAACUUCAUCUACGGCAUCGGCGUCAGCAACAUGAAAUCCGGCUGCGCCGCCUAUUUCUGCGCCGUCAAGACCCUGAUGGCCGCCGGCUGGACGCCCCGCGCGGACGUGAUCCUGACGUACGUGGUAGGCGAGCUCCAAGGGGGCGUAGGCACGCUGGCCUUAAUCGAGCAGGGGAGGAUUAAGGCGGACUACUUCAUCAAUUGCGAGCCAUCCGAUAUCAAGGCGGUGACCAUGCACGCCGAAGCACUGACGUUUGAAAUCACGCUGAAGGGCAUUACGCGUCAUAUGUCCGCGCGGGAGGAUGACUCGCAAGAUGCCAUAAUGGCGGCCUGUCGGCUGAUUCCCGAGCUCAACGGCAUGAAAUUCCGGGGCGCGAGGAGCAAGGAGCACGAGAAGUGCAAUAGACUCCAAGUCGGUAUCGUCCACGGCGCGCUUGGGAAGGAGCUAGCGGAAUGGCGGCCUGCGCAAGUAGCUGAUGUAUGUAAGCUUGCCGGCAGCGCGCGGUAUGCGCCGGGCCAGACGCAAGAAGGCGUUAUGGAGGAUAUCCGGGUGGUCAUCGAGAAGUGCUUAGUGGACUUUCCUGGCAUGACGUUUGAGUUGAAGCAGAGGUUUGAACCUACAAUGCCGGCCUUUGAAGUAUCGAGGGAUUCCAAACUCGUCAAGUCCCUAAACGACGCGUAUUUCACAAUUAGACAGGAGGAGCAGCCUACCGGAGUCUUAGCCCCGACAUGUUUCUAUGGAUCUGAUGCUGGGCACCUCUACAAGUCUCUUGGUAUGGAAGGUAUUGUAUGCGGACCUGGAGGAAAGUACAAUACGCGCCCCGACGAAGCUGUUGAUAUUCCCGAUUAUCUGGAUUGUAUUCGGAUGUUCAUGCGAGUAAUUGUGGAUAUAUGUGGGUAGAGGCGAGCUUAGGGUGGCGGAUAUCUCCUUCAGCCUUCAGGGGAUUAACCCCGCGGAGUGAAAAUAAUAAAUACAUGAACU